AUGGCGCGGCUCCCGAGGCUGGCGGUCUUCGAUCUGGAUUACACGCUCUGGCCGUUCUGGGUGGACACGCACGUAGACCCCCCGUUCCACAGGAGCAGCGAUGGGGCGGUCCGGGACCAGCGGGGCCAGGCCGUCCGACUGUACCCAGAGGUGCCCGACGUCCUGCAGCGGUUGCGGGACCUUGAUGUGCCCAUGGCGGCCGCUUCACGGACAGGGGAGAUCGAAGGGGCCAACCAGCUUCUGGAGCUCUUUGACCUUGACAGAUACUUUGCUCAUCGGGAAAUCUAUCCAGGCAGCAAGGUCACCCACUUUGAGAGGUUGCAGCGGAAGACUGGAGUUGUUUUCUCCCAGAUGAUCUUCUUUGAUGAUGAGAAGCGGAAUAUCGUAGACGUCAGCAAACUGGGAGUUACCUGCAUUCAUGUCCAGAAUGGAAUGAGUCUUCAAACCCUAACUGAAGGACUAGAGACAUUUGCAAAGGCCCAAGCUGGGCCCUGAGGUCCAGUCUUGUGGAUGAGCCUCAUCUGAGGCAUAAAACUGAAAGGAAAGCAGGAAGGCAUUCUCAGGUGUAUUUGUAAAUUAUUAAAGCAUGUUUGUGUGUGACAGAAGAGGUC